UACGUGGAUUCAGAGCCUGAUCAUGUACUAAAACCAUCAGACUUCCUUACCAUGGGAAAGUGUAUUACUAUGGAAACGUCGAAUAAGGAUCCUACGUCACAAGGGACGGUGACUAAAGAUAACCUAAUUAAAGGUUGGAAGAAAGCACAGAUAAUUCUACGAGAGUUUAAAGAGAUGUUUGAGAACAGGUACCUCCUAAAUUUGAGAGAAAGAUAUUCCCACCACCCUAAAGAACCUAGGGUGACUUCAAAGUUAGAACCGAAGAUAGGUCAAAUCGUGCAGAUUAAAGGUGACACGAGGAAUAGGAUCAACUGGAAAGUUGGGAAAAUAGUAUCUUUAAGGGAAAGCGCCGAUGGAUUAUGUAGGGUUGCCACGGUACGAGUAGGAGAUACCGAAUACACAAGAUCUAUCACGCAUCUCUACCCUUUAGAGAUCGAAGAGGGAGAAGAACACUGUAAACAAACAUCACCUUAUAACGAAAGCGCAGAAGAACCUCUGCAGCUUCCUGACCUUCCACCUCCAUCUUGCGGGAACGUUGACGUCCAAGACGUUGCUGAGUCUCCUUCUGAACAAAGAUUCACUCCAGUAACAGCUAGAGAUGAUCCAGAAGAAGAAGUUCUACCCUAUGCCUCGCCAGUAGAGGAAAGGAGUUCCUUCAAACAAGUAGUAGAGUCUACAUCUAGUAAGUUAAACGAGCCUAAGCCUAAGUCUAUGUCCGAACCAGAACCACUCGCGGUCGUCGACCCCGAGUAUUACGACCACACUGAUCCCGAGCUACACCACUUGGAGGAAAUUGCGCCAGAAGGACAAGAAGACGAAUCAAGACCUAAAAGAGCCGCAGCUCUUCGGGCCCUUGAAAAGAUUAAAGAAUGGACCAGCAAUCUAGUCGCUGUGCUUCUGCCUGAGGCGGGGAGUGUCGCGACAGACGCGAAUUUAUAACGCCCAAGACGAAUUUCCUUGCGGCAACACCUAACAGCGCCCUCUAGGUGGAAUUGUGAUCUCGGUGCGAUAAUACAGCCGCCAUAAAUUAAGCGAAGCAGAGACUGAGGCUCCUCUGGCCCUGGAGUAG